AUGUCGUCGUCGAAAUCUCCAUACGAACUAAAAGACUUGAAAAAUAGCUCCACUGAAAUACACGCCACGGAGCAAGAUAAUGAAGUUGAGUAUUUUGAAACUGACUCCAAUGAUCCUUCAUCUUCGCAACCUCCUUUAGGUUACGAGCAGCAUAACACCUCUGCAUUGCGUAGGUUUUUCGAUUCUUUCAAAAAAGCAGACCAAAGUGCGGAGGAAAGAGUAGAGACAGCGCAAAUGAAUGACCUUGCAUCUGCUAUCUCUCCUUCUUCCAGACAACGUCAAGAAUUGGAAAAGAAUGAAAGUUCAGACAAUAUAGGUGCUCGCACAGGUAAUAAGUCAGACUCGCUGAAGAAAACCAUUCAGCCUAGACAUGUUCUGAUGAUUGCGCUAGGUACGGGUAUCGGUACGGGGUUGCUAGUUGGUAACGGUACUGCGCUAGUUCAUGCGGGCCCUGCUGGGCUGCUUAUUGGUUACGGUAUCAUGGGAUCUAUCCUGUACUGUAUUAUUCAGGCGUGUGGUGAAAUGGCCCUAGUGUACAGUAACUUGACAGGAGGUUACAAUGCGUACCCGAGUUUCCUCGUGGAUGAUGGAUUCGGGUUCGCUGUUGCUUGGGUUUACUGUUUGCAAUGGUUGUGUGUGUGUCCUCUGGAAUUGGUGACUGCAUCCAUGACUAUCAAGUACUGGACCACAUCAGUGAAUCCGGAUGUGUUCGUCAUUAUCUUCUAUGUUCUGGUAAUCACUAUUAAUAUUUUCGGUGCUCGUGGUUACGCAGAAGCUGAGUUUUUUUUCAAUUGUUGCAAGAUUUUGAUGAUGACCGGGUUUUUUAUUCUUGGUAUUAUUAUCGAUGUUGGUGGUGCUGGUAAUGAUGGUUUUAUUGGUGGUAAAUACUGGCACGAUCCGGGCGCCUUUAACGGUAAACACUCCAUUGACAGAUUUAAAGGGGUUGUUGCAACGUUAGUGACCGCUGCCUUCGCCUUUGGUGGUUCGGAGUUUAUUGCUAUUACCACUGCAGAGCAAGCUAACCCAAGAAAGGCCGUCCCAGGUGCAGCCAAGCAAAUGAUUUACAGAAUCCUGUUCCUAUUUCUGGCUACCAUCAUUCUGCUAGGUUUCUUGGUGCCAUACAACUCAAACCAAUUAUUGGGCUCCAGCGGUGGUGGUACUAAGGCUUCACCAUAUGUUAUUGCCGUUGCAUCGCACGGUGUCCGAGUCGUCCCACAUUUCAUCAAUGCCGUUAUCUUACUAUCUGUUUUAUCCAUGGCCAACUCCUCCUUCUACUCCAGUGCCCGUAUAUUGUUAACUUUAUCCGAACAAGGCUAUGCCCCCAGAGUUUUUACUUACAUUGACAAAGCUGGUAGACCAUUGAUUGCCAUGGGUGUUUCCGCAUUGUUUGGCGUUAUCGCCUUUUGCGCAGCUUCGCCUAAGGAAGACCAAGUUUUUACUUGGUUAUUAGCUAUUUCCGGUUUAUCUCAACUUUUUACAUGGACUGCUAUUUGUUUGUCCCAUAUUAGGUUUAGAAGAGCUAUGAAGGUUCAAGGUAGAUCCCUGGGUGAAUUGGGCUUCAGAUCCCAAACUGGUGUUUGGGGGUCAACUUAUGCUUGCAUUAUGAUGAUAUUGAUCCUUAUUGGCCAAUUUUGGGUCGCCAUCGCCCCCAUUGGUGAAGGUAAGCUGGAUGCUCAAGCCUUUUUCGAAAACUACUUGGCAAUGCCAAUCUUGAUUGCACUAUACGUCGGUUAUAAAAUAUGGAAAAAGGAUUGGAAGCUGUUCAUUAGGGCUGAUAAGAUUGACUUGAUCUCGCAUAGACAAAUCUUUGAUGAAGAAUUAAUCAAGCAAGAAGACGAAGAAUUUAGGGAACGUUUGAAAAAUGGUCCUUGCUGGAAAAGGGUCGUUGCUUUCUGGUGUUAA